UUUUUUUUUUUUGUUAAAACCAGAUAAUUCAUCGACGAUUUGCUAGAAAUUCGAUAGAAUCUGAUUGUUAAGUUAUUGAGAUUUUUUUGGUAGAAUGGCAGUAAACUCCAUUAAAAUUUUAGCUGGAAACUCUCAUCCAAAAUUAGCCAAAAAGAUAGCAGAAAGAUUGGGUAUUGAAGUCAGUAGGAUUGGUGUUAAUCAAUAUUCGAACCAAGAAACAGCGGUUACCAUUGGAGAAUCGCUCAGAGAUGAGGAUGUUUAUAUUGUGCAAACAGGAUGUGGAGAGAACGAAAUUAAUGAUUAUUUAAUGGAGCUUUUGAUUAUGAUCAGGGCUUGUAAAACAGCAUCAGCAAGAAGAAUAACGGCAGUUAUGCCUAAUUUUCCCUAUGCUAGACAAGAUAGAAAGGAUAAGAGCAGAGCAUGUAUUUCAGCCAAGUUGGUUGCAAAUUUAUUACAAAAAGCUGGGGCUGACCAUGUUAUAACAAUCGAUUUGCAUGCAUCGCAGAUCCAAGGAUUUUUUCGAAUUCCUGUUGAUAAUUUGUAUGCAGAACCCAGUGUUUUAAAAUAUAUUAAAGAAAAUUUACCAUGGAAGGAAAGUAUUAUAAUAUCGCCAGAUGCUGGGGGAGCCAAAAGAGCUGCAGCAUUAGCAGAUAGUUUGGAUUUGAAUUUUGCGUUGAUUCAUAAGGAAAGGCAAAAGGCUAACGAGGUUUCGAGAAUGGUUUUAGUUGGGGACGUUACUGAUAAAGUGUGUAUUAUAGUGGACGAUAUGGCAGACACUUGUGGUACGCUAGCGAAAGCAGCAGAUACGUUGUUAGAAAAUGGAUCGAAAUCUGUUGUUGCAAUAGUCACACAUGGUAUUUUAUCAGGAAAUGCAAUCGACAAUAUCAACAAUAGCAAGUUGGAAAGAGUUGUCUGUGCAGACACAGUUCCAUUUGAGGAUAAGAAGAUUUUUUGUCCCAAGUUAGAUACAAUUGAGAUUGCACCAACAUUAGCAGAAGCUAUUCGUCGGUUACAUAAUGGGGAAAGUGUUUCAUAUCUUUUUACUAACGUUCCAAUUUAAGUAUAUAUAGAUAUAGAGGAUUUAUAUAGAUAUAUGCGAA